AGUAAAACAAAUGGGAGUGGUUUGUGCUCCCACAGUAUUUAACCUACUCUGACACUGGUGCAUGUUACUCCCUGGUCUGUCAGCAAACAUGUCGGUAGACUUUUCUAAGAACGCAACAGAGAGCCCCGAGCCUUGUAAGGCAGAAAUUAAAGGGAAUAUUCCCAGCUGGCUGCAAGGAAUGCUCCUCCGAAAUGGCCCUGGCAUCUUCACUGUGGGCGACACCAACUACAACCACUGGUUUGAUGGGAUGGCUUUAAUGCAUAGCUUCACCUUCAAAGACGGUGAAAUAAUCCAUAGAAGCAGAUUCCUCAGAAGUGACACCUAUAAAGCCAACAUGGAAGCAAACAGAAUUGUUGUAUCUGAAAUGGGGACGAUGGCUUAUCCAGACCCAAGCAAGAACUUCAUCUUCAAGGCAAUCACCUUUCUCAACCACACAAUGCCUGACUUCACUGACAAUGGCGCGAGUAACUUCAUCAAGUAUGGAAAUGACUAUUAUGCCACUUCUGAAACCAACUACAUCAGCAAGAUUGAUCCCGUGACCCUGGAAACCCUGGAAAAGGUGGACUACUUGAAGUACCUGCCUGUAAACUUAGCUUCGUGCCAUCCUCACUAUGACAAGGAGGGCAAUGCCUACAACAUUGGAACGUCAAUAGCAACAAAGGGCAAAACUAAAUACGUACUGUUCAAAGUUCCUGCUGCCUCAGACAAAGACAAAGGCAAGAAAGGCCCUGCACUGAAAAAUGUAGAGGUGAUCUGCUCAGUCCCCUGCCGCUCCCUUCUCAUGCCGAGCUACUACCACAGCUUUGGCAUUACAGAUAACUACAUCAUCUUCGUCGAGAUGCCUUUCAAGCUGGACAUCCUCAAGAUGGCUACUGCCUAUAUGAGAGGAGUCAGCUGGGCAAGCUGCCUGAAGUUCUGCCCUGAAGAAAACACUCUGAUCCACUUGGUGGACAGAAAGACCGGCAAAGAAGUUGAGACAAAGUACUACACAGGAGCAAUGGUCCUCUACCACCAUGUGAAUGCUUUUGAGGACGAUGGCCACGUGGUCUUUGAUGUCAUUGCCUACACUGACAACAGCCUUUAUGACAUGUUCUACUUGAGCAACUUGAGGGAGAAAUCUCAGUUUGAUGAAAAAAGGUUUUCCAAGCCGACUUACAAGAGAUUUGCCCUUCCCAUCCACGCUGACAAAGGCGUUCCAGUUGGAGGGAACAUGGUAAAACUCAAGUACACGACAGCCAGCGCUGUGAAGGAGAAAGAAGGCAAAUUCAUGUGCCAAGCAGAGGUGCUCUGUGAAGGCUUGGAAUUGCCCAGAAUCAAUUAUGACAUCAAUGGGAAGAGGCACCAGUUUGUCUAUGGGAACUACGUGGGGGAUUCUGCAGAAGUGGUUGCAAAGUUUGACACGGAAAGCAAGAAGAUGGUGUACUGGGAUGAAGACAAGUGCUUGCCGUCAGAGCCCGUGUUCGUCCCCAGACCAAACGGAGAGUCGGAAGAUGAUGGUGUGGUCCUAACAUCAGUCAUCAACUCCAAUCCAGGCCAGUCGAGCUUCAUCCUGAUUCUCGAUGGGAAAACGUUCAAGGAAGUAGCACGAGCCUAUGUGAAUACUGAGCUGAACAAGGACAUGCAUGGAUUUUUCAUCCCACAUUGAAAAUAAAAGUUUAAAAUAAAGAAAGGGAACUGUGCCACAAUAGUACAUGUGGCACAAGCAUGUAUCGUAAGUCAUUUCAUUGUACCCUGUAUUAUCACUGGUAUAUGGUAUAAAGUUAACCUUGUCAUUUAAACAAAACACGUACUGUAAUGUUCUCGUAUGUAUUGUCACUUUUUUUUAGUUCAGUGAUAUUACAAGAAUAAAUCCAACCAAUGCUCCAUAUUUGUGGAGUCAUGGAGAAGAGUUACGGUUACACAGUGUGGUUUUACACAAGGUCAAGGUCUCUGAGCAAAUACAGCCUUCAUGACACAGUGUCACUUGUUUCUGAAGAUAUAGAAAUCUCAGAUAACUUAUCAAAGGAGUAAAGUCCAUUCAAUUAGGCAUAGGUUAUAGAUUUAGGUAAACAUUUA